UGCCAUGGCGAAAGAUGAAUUAGCAAAGAAAGAGUCCAUCACCAUUGCUGUUUAUAAAGCGAACCUACAUUGCCCAAAAUGUGCUCAUGAUAUUAAGAAGCCACUCUCAAGAACUCCAGGAGUCCAUAAAGUAGAUGUUAAGCAUGAGAAAGGUGAAAUUACAGUGGAAGGCAUCAUUGAAGUGAAGAAGAUACAUGAAAGAUUAGAGAAAUGGAGCAGGAAAAAGGUUGAGAUUUUAUCACAAGAGAAGAAAGCAAUAGAAAAGAAGGAAACCAAGAUAGAAACUAUAAGGACAACGAAAAUAAAGGCGUACAUGCACUGCGACAAAUGUGAGCAUGAUCUUCGAGCGAAGCUACUAAAACACAAAGGCAUACACAAUGUCAAAACUGAUAUAAAGUCACAGACUGUGGUAAUCGAAGGAACUAUCGAGGCUGAAAAGAUUGUGACCUACAUGCAAAAGAGAGCGCGUAAGCAUGCGGAAAUCAUAUCUGAACCUUCUUCGAAAGGGAAGGUAGAGAAGAAAGUGGAAACGAAAGAAAAGGUGACUGUCGAAGUUACAAAGAUUGUAGAAUUUGAAGAGAGGAAGAAAGUCGAAGCACAGACCAAGGAAGGCGAGGUCCCUUAUUUCGUUCAUUAUGUUUAUGCCCCUCAGUUGUUUAGUGACGAAAAUCCGAAUGCUUGUUUGGUAAUGUAGUGAAGUAGGGCACAAAGUGCAUACAUUUUAGCUCAUGAUCGAGAUUUGUCGUUGUAUUUGUUGGAGUCUCACGUCGACCGACAAAAUCUCUUUUUCUCUUGUCAAUUGCCUGAGAUUCCAAGUAUUCUUUAAAACAAUUGGUAAUUAU